AGGUUGGGCGGCCCGCUGUGGUAGGAGGGGCCGUGAGGAAGGGAAAUCUGGUGUUCCUCAAGAUGGCCUGAUAUGAAGAAGUCACGCCUUCUGCCUCCCCGAGCUGCCUUGUGGCUGCCUUGUCCUUCAAGUGCAGGAGCUGGUUGAAAUUUCAGGAAUGGAAGCUAAUGUGACUAUCCCAAUCUGGCAAAGCAAGCCACAUGGGGCUGCACGAAGUGUAGUGAGAAGAAUUGGGACCAAUUUACCCCUGAAGCCAUGUCCCCGGGCAUCCUUUGAGACCCUGCCCAACAUCUCUGACCUGUGUUUGAGAGAUGUGCCCCCAGUCCCUACUCUGGCUGACAUCGCCUGGAUUGCUGCAGAUGAAGAGGAGACAUAUGCCCGGGUCAGGAGUGAUACACGCCCCCUGAGACACACCUGGAAGCCCAGCCCUCUGAUUGUCAUGCAGCGCAAUGCCUCAGUGCCCAACCUACGUGGGACUGAGGAGAGGCUCCUGGCCCUGAAGAAGCCAGCUCUGCCAGCCCUAAGCCGUACCACUGAGCUGCAGGAUGAGCUGAGCCACUUACGCAGCCAGAUUGCAAAGAUAGUGGCAGCUGAUGCAGCUUCGGCUUCAUUAACGCCAGAUUUCUUAUCUCCAGGAAGUUCAAAUGUCUCUUCUCCCUUACCUUGUUUUGGAUCCUCAUUCCACUCUACAACUUCCUUUGUCAUUAGUGACAUCACCGAGGAGACUGAGGUAGAGGUCCCCGAGCUUCCAUCAGUCCCCCUGCUUUGUUCCACCAGCCCUGAAUGUUGCAAAUCAGAACACAAAGCUACCUGCAGCUCAUCUGAAGAGGAUGACUGCGUCUCUCUGUCCAAGGCCAGCAGCUUUGCAGACAUGAUGGGUAUCCUGAAGGAUUUUCACCGUAUGAAACAGAGUCAAGAUCUGAACCGGAGUUUAUUGAAGGAGGAGGACCCUGCUGUACUUAUCUCUGAGGUCCUAAGGAGGAAAUUUGCUCUGAAAGAGGAAGAUAUCAGUAGAAAAGGAAACUGACAACAGCUCUGCAAACUGUCUCAUGCUCCUGGAAUUCCUUCAACAGCUGCCUUCCUCACCGCAGAUGUUUCUGACUCAAUUAGAAAUCUUCUGCAACAGUCUUGCUGACAAAGCUAGAGCUUGGACUGAAAGAGAAGAGCUAGAUUAUAUGUUUCUUGUACUUUAAGCCUUAGCAGAAGCUAAGGCCUGUGAUUUGAACUGAGACAUUUGUUAUAGAUAAUUGUGUAAGGUGGAGUAUCUCAGUUUAAAGGGUGAGAGAGAAUCUGUUUCUGGUUUUUCCUUGCCUCUGUGUGAAAAUAGGUCCUAAAUGAAUGACUUACUUCACUGCAUUAGACCCCAUAACUGGUCUCACCGGACACUUUGUACCCAGCUGUCACUCACUCUCAGCAGCUUCCUUGCAGCAGAGCAGGGCUGAGGGGAGGGGGCUGUAGAUGUUUAUGUACUUGUUCACAGGGCAGGGUAAAUCUUAUGCUGCUCCAUCAUAAACCUACACCAAUGCUCAGCAAUCACCCUCUCCCCUUCCUUGUCUAGACGUAGAGGUUGGGCCGCCGGACCAACUGACAUUUGGGCUGCUGCUGGGAGGCCUGGGCUAUUUUUUUCUUAAACACAUUUUAUAAUACUGUACAACCAAAUCUACCCUCCAAGGCCCUGGGGCCUCAUCAGUUCCACUGAUGGAAAACCUCUUCCUUGGACUUUAGGUUAAACCCAGGAGGAAAGGGAAAUGGGGAGGGGAAAGAGCAUACCAUCCUUCUUCCAGACCCUUGAAUGCUUCUUUGGGUUGGGCCAGGGUUUGUACCUACCACACCAUGCAUGACUCAUGCCCUCAGGUCCCUUUCUCUAUGGUAUGUAUACUGUGUGUGUUUGGGUUGAAGUACUACAUGACAUUAAAGGAAGGAUUGCGAGAUCUUGCA